GUCCUUCCUGUAGUAUCUUGAGGAUAUUCUUUUGUUUAUCCUAACACUUUAAAACAUACAAACUUCAAGUUACUAUUGCAGCAAUAGUGUGCUGCCAAAUUUACCCCCACAUAUAUCUCUUUAUUACUCAUUUGCCAUUCUUGCUAGAUUGUGCCACGUACACCCUUCUCUACGGAUCAUCCCACGCUCCCUCCUCCAGUCCUCCCUGCUUCCCUUCUUCAGUUCUUCUUUCUUUCACCCCUGAUUCUUGGAUGAUUUUUCGGCAAACCCUACCUUCUCACUCCAAUCUCCACCGCCACCGUUUUCUCUCUCCUCUCCGUUCUUCUUCCUCUCUCCUUCAUUGCUCUGCCCUACUCCUCUCUGAUGCGCGCUCUCUCGUCGCGGCAAGAAUGAAGUACGAAAGGAAUGGAACCUGAGAAGUAAUUCCAUGGCGAGCUCUUCACCCCCGUGAAAGGUAUCAAAGAUAGAAAGAUAAAUGAGGCAUCUGUUGUAGCAUUAAAUGCCGAAAAUUUGCAGAAAUACUCAAUUUAUUAUCACAGCUUCCUUCUUGAAUACAAGUUAUGGAGAUUUUGUGCGAAUUGAAGACAGUAAUGAUUCAAUGAAUGGUGACAUUAAGUUAAUUCAAAAUAUCAUGACCGAAUCAUUCAACCGCUCCUCUAAAAUUCUACGGAGUACUGCAUAAGGCGAGAGACAGAGAGAUGAGGGGGAUUACACUUUUCUUUUUUUUAGGUUCUAACUCAUUAGAAGAAUUCAACAUUAACAAUCAAAGUUGGAAGCUGCAAUUCCUGGUGAUGUUGAUAACAUUUGGACUUGAGAACACCGGUGAGAAUAAUGCUUCUCUUGUGAGAUGCAAUUAUCAAAACGAGGAUGGUAAAAGAAGCAUGAGGCACCGAGAAUCAUCUUAUGCAGUAGGCAGAAAGCUAUGUAUGAUCCUCCACAAGAUCCAAAUUUAUUUAUUCACAGAGUUGGACGAACUGCUCGAGUGCUCGCAAGGGGAGUCAGGAACUGCAGUUGUCUUUCAUUUAUCCAAGGAGGAAGCGUAUGUAAAAUUUCUGCAGAUUAGGAGGGUUCCUCUCCAGGAACGGGAGUGCUCAAAUAAUGCUCCUGAUAUUAUUCCCCAGAUAAGAUCUAUCGCAAAAAAGGACCGUGAUGUUAUGUAGAAAGGACAAAAAUCCUUUGUCUCUUUUGUCCGUGCAUAUAAGGAGCAUAAUUGCUCCUUCAUUUUCAGAGUCGUAUGUUGCCACAAAGUUGGGCGAGGAACUAUCACGACUGAUCUUUCUCUUGUGGCUGUUAGUCCGGUCGUGUUUAAUUUUCCUGAACUUAGCCAUGUAAAUUUUUAUUUCUUAGCCAUGAAUUCUAUAUAUGUAACCCACAUCAAGUAAUUAGUCGUGUUUCUUAUUAUGUAUGGAGUACUAUAUUCAUACUUUUAACUAUUUCUAUGGUAAUUAGGCUUGUGAUUUGUA